AUGCAUCAACAUCAUAUCAACAACACCACAUCAACACCACACCAACAACACCACACCAAUUCAUCAACAUUACACCAACACCACCACAUCAGACCACACCAGCACCACGUCGACACCACCACAUCAAUGCAUCAACACCACACCAACACCACACCAACACCACCAUAUCAACAACACCUCAACAACACCACAUCAAUGCAUCAACACCACACCAACACCACCACAUCAGACCACACCAACACCACAUCAGUGCAUCAACACCACGUCGACACCACCACAUCAACCCCACCACAUCAAUGCAUCAACACCACACCAAUAGCACAACAUCAAUGCAUCAACAUCACACCAACACCACCAAAUCAACACCACCAUAUCAACAACAACACAACACCACAUCAAUGCAUCAACAUCACACCAACACCACACCAACACCACCACAUCAGACCACACCAAUACCACAUCAGUGCAUCAACACCACGUCGACACCACAUCAACACCACCACAUCAAUGCAUCAACACCACACCAAUAACCACACCAACACCACAUCAGUGCAUCAGCAACACGUCGACACCACCACAUCAACACCGCCACAUCAAUGCAUCAACACCACACCGACAGCACCACAUCAAUGCAUCAGCAUCACACCAACACCACCAUAUCAACAACACCUCAACAACACCACAUCAAUGCAUCUACAUCACACCAACACCACACCAACACCACCACAUCAGACCACACCAACAUCACAUCAGUGCAUCAACACCACGUCGACACCACCAUAUCAACAACAACACCUCAACAACACCACAUCAAUGCAUCAACACCACGUCGACACCACCAUAUCAACAGUCGUCCCACGGCUUCCUCCGCCCAGGAUUGUCUGCAAAGAGACAACCUGA